AAGACUGUCUGCUUCUAAAAAGAAGUGCCAAAGAAGUGCUGUAAGAACUGCAGGAGAAACAGAAGAGAGUACUUCUGAGAAGACACAGUGCCACACUGAGACCCCACAGCCAGUUGAAAACUACAUCAGUGAAGGAGAGUUUGAAGACGAUCUGAAUUCUACCCCAAGCACAACCGAGCUGGAGGUGCGUGGAUCCAGCCAAGAAACAGAUGAAGAUUAUUUUGAAACUGUGUCACAUCAGAGUGGAUCUUUGUCAGAUGUGAAAACUGAGCCUUAUGAGAGUGCAUCAGACACAGAAUCCCUUUCCAGUGACAUAACUGGGAAUGCUUGCUCGGAUUCAAACUGCCUGUUCACUGAAAAAAAGCCCCUGUGCUGUAAUCUUCCCAAAGAAAAGGCAGAAACCUUCCAUGGACUGAAGUGCUCCAGGCAACCAGAGUUCACCCAGCACCUACAGCUACAAUUGUCCUCCAAAAUAAAAGAAGCACCAAACAAAACUGAAUUUUGCAUACAGUUUGCAGAUUUAGAGGGUGAAGAAUUCAGUGAUGAAGCGCUAAGGUUAUCUAGUGAUAUUUCCACUGCAGAGAGCCAAGUCUACGAAGAGGGCAUUUUAUCACAGACCAAGAGAAAAUCUGUAACAGCACUGCAGAGUAAGGCAGAGUUAGAAAGCAGUGAAGUGCAGUCCUGUACCAACUCAGUAUUUACAGAAAACAAUGAUGCAAGACUGAAGGAACAUCCUGCACUAUUUAGCAUUGCUUGUUUCAAAGCAAACUCAGAAAGUUGUUUGAUUUUUCCUGAGGUACAGCAGUUUUCCUUCAGGUCAGAUGCAGCACCAAGCUAUAGUUUGCCUAAUCUUCAUUUUGAAACAAAUGGACCCAACUGUAAAAGUGACACUGAGACAUCUGACUGUAGGUGUGAAUUAGAGUCUAUGUCCAGGGUGAAAUGCAGCAGGAGGCAUUCAGCUGACAGUGAGGACACUACAGGUAAAAGGAUAAAACAUGGAAGUACAGACACCAUGUUAACAUCAGAUUCACUCUUCUACCAGAGUUGCUUCAACCCAAAAUCUCGGCUACCACACACAAGGUCAGAGAUUACAGAAAGUAAAACAUGGCACAGUGUACCUGAAAAUAUCAGUGCUCAAAGUGAGUCAGAAUGUGUGCUGAGCUGUAUUCACCCAACAGACAAAUUUAGAUGGUCAUGUUCCAGAAUACAUCUUCAGGAGCUGGAUUUUGAAUACACCUGGAAAAAAUUUGGAAGGAUAACUGUAAACCCUGAAAAGGCUAUAGAAAUAGAAGGCAAAUUUGGCAUAGAAAGAUCUCUUCUUGAUACUGACACAGACUCAAAGGAGUGUCAGGCUUCUCAACCUGCAGCCUCUCCCCAGUGCAUUGAUUAUUAUUUGCACUCUAAAUCAGAGACAUGUGGCCUUAGCCCAGAGCCAGCUGGUACUUGUGCUGACAGCUUAACAUGGAGUGAUGCUUGUGAGGGCAAUCCAAACCUAAAGGAGACAUCUUCUUCCCUGGAUUGUGAUGCAGUGAUCAUAAACACCGAGGAACUUACGCAUAACAAUGAGUACAAAGCUGAAAGAGAUCUGGAAGCAAGCAGAUUCCCAUGUAAUAUUGAUGUUGGAUCCGACACUGGGGACACUGCAAACCCUGCAGCUUCCCAUGCAGGUGUUCCUGCUCUUGUGGAAAGCAGAGACUAUGAUUGCUCUGUAAAUUGUGUUUCCAAUAGUGGAAUACACCACAAACAUUUGGUGGAGAAUGGCCUUGAAUCUGAACUGUCAGAUACGGAGAUUGUGGCAGGAGAAAGCUGGGAAGAUGAUUCUUCCAAUCUUGGCUUUGGUUGGAAAGUCCUGGAAACUGCAACACAACCAGAUAGCAGUGACAGAGAGGCAGAGCAUGGAGAGUCCGUGCAGCAAAAUCUGAGUUGCACAACUGGUGCCUUAAGGAGCCACUCGGAGCUAGGAACAAAUGAACAUCCUACUCAUACAGGAGAGGGUGAAGAGAGUGUCUUUGCUGUUGAAAGGACUUCCAGAUCAGAUUAUGUAAGGCAGGAAGGGGAUUUAAAGACUAUUCCAGAAUUAAAGCCUGCCCUAAUUAUAGUCUCUGUAGAGGAGAGAGGAUUACAGUCCAAAACACUGAAUGAUAACCAUCCUACUGAAGUGGUAGCUGGAACAUUGGGAAAUGUAGUGAGCAAGGAUUUGAUGUCUCCUCAUACUGCCAGUAAAGCUCAUGACGAGCCAGAGACAGUUCUGAGUGAAAGCUGUAACUGUGAAGAACAAAUUCUGGCCGCCCUUCCCAUUCCUGGCAGUGCAGAGGUACUUGCUGGUAGGGAUACAGCUGAAGUAAAAGCAGAAAUUUCAGAAGAGAAAAGAGAGAAAACAGAAGCAGUUUCAUCCUUUGGGUUCACCUGUAGUAAUUCUGCAGUAGCAAGUGCAAAAGUGGAAUUCAGGAAUGUUGCUGUACCAUUAGACAGUGAUACACUUAUUGCAGAAAGUCAGAUUUUUCUGUGUGAGAAAUCACUUAUAAGAUCCCCCAGAGGGAGCAGUGUGAAGGUGUCUGAGGAAGAACGCUGCAGAACAGGGAUGCUGUUGACUAGUCCAGUGACAACGGAGACUAGCAGCAGAAUAAGAAGUUUGUAUCAGGGAGGUGGUGCUGGUGUCAGCCUUCAAGGACCCUGCCUUGUCUCUGGGCAAGGAGUAGGCAGGCGAGGAAAGGAAAGCUGUAAUGGCUCAAAGGAAGGAACAGGUAUUUGUGAAGAACCCUCUCGUAGGGAAGGAAAGCAGGGCUUUCCUGCAGAAGACACCUCUAGCCCCAGCAAAGACAGUGCACUCAGUCUGGAUGUGUCUGAUGUCUUUGAUGAGUCUCUGAACAGGGAGUCCCACAGCACUUUCAUGCUGGGCCUGGAUAAUGUAAGUACCUGCAGCACUAACAGCGAGGAACUGGAUGAGAACUCAUCCCACACCCUGGGAAGUAACAGCAGUCUUCAUAAAGCUGUACAAAAACCUGCAAAGAAUGAGAAUGGCGGGAAAACUUCCAGGUUUUUAGUAUUCUCAAAAAUGACAUCUUCCAGAAAAGCUAAGUCUGCCUCAUUGGAAAACCAGGGAAGCAGCAGUAUCUUUGGCAGCAAGGCAAAGACUGAAGAACUGGAUAUUGCGAAGGAUGAUGAAGACACUGCAAGUUUACUGUCUUUCAAAAGUUGUUCAUCUGGCUUAGUCUUCCACAGGAAGGAAAGUUACACCUCUGAGUACUCUGAUGAUGAUGAUUUAUUUUAUGAGAGACCUGCAGGAUUGUUCAACAGGUUGAGCCUGAGGAAGGCCUCUGGCUCUGGUCGGAUACUGAUGGAAGAUGCAGAUAGGCAGGUUUCAGGUUCAUAUGAAAACAAUGACAGUGAACCUGCGGAGCAUUCAUGGAAUAGAAAAUCAUUCCCUGAAAAUGAACACAAAAGAAACAAAACCCCUGAGGGUAAGAAGUUCAGGACAAGGUUGGCCUUGGCACACAAAUCCCUCUCAAGCUUAUUUGAGUCCAAAUGUCCAGAAAAGGAAAACACUGAGCAAAGCUCAAAAGCCUCAGUGAAAAAUGAAAAGGAGAAAGCCAAAUUUCGCCAGAGCGCCUGGAAAGCUUUUCUAAAAAGCAAGGAGGCAGAUGGACUAAAAAGGCCUGUCUUAAUAAGUUUAUCAUCCACACAGGAGAGUCUCAAUGCAACCAAUGGCCACCUGUUAACAUCAGUAGAGCGACAGCACAGCUCCAAUGGACACACCUUUUUAAAAACAGAAACACAUAAUGUCUCCUCAACAGACUCCAGCUAUUUUGACAGCUCUGUGGAGCCUGUUGAUGCCUCUUCACCUUCACAUAUGUGGAGAAGACGAAUACAGUCCCAUGACUUGGGUAUCAGAUACUCACAGAGUUCAGACUGUGAUGAACAGCAGGAGGUUCUGAGCAACAGUUUAAAUACCUCUCUAGAGGAGUACUGGAUGAAAUCUCCAUAUAGCCCCGCUGACUUGCAGCUGGCAUUUAGUCAGACAAGUCCAUCAUGCCCCCAGCUCUCAAAUUCUGAUGGCAAAGACAUGCCUUGUAGGCCCAUGAGUCCCAAACCUCAGAGUCCACGAUCCACUUCUAAACACAGGAACUUCCGCUAUCCUGGGCGGGUUUACGCCACUUCCAUGAUCUCUCUUGGAAACAGCUCUGGAGUGGAAAGCAGUCUGGAGGCUCCUGAGAGACCAAAGACACUGAAACCCAGAGGAAGUCUCCUACACUCGUUGGAUGACUUCCAGAGGGAUGACAGUGGCAUAAGCAGUCAGUCCCAGAUCAGCUUAAAUACAGAUUCUUCCACUAGUGACAUGCUCCGAGAUGAGUUUGUAACACAGGAGCCCAAACAGCCAUGGCAAACAGCAGCUGAAAAGAGGCCAAAUAAGAAAUGGGAUUCCCAUCGCAAGAGGAGGCCCCCCCGGGUCCCACCAUGCCCACGCCCCGUCUCCAGCCUGGAGAGCAGAGCCCCGAGGCUCUCCUCCCUUGCUCCAGAGGAAAAAGCCAAGGAGAUUCCAGAGAGGAGGAGGAAGAGACCCAAACCCCCCUAUAAGUGCUUCAGCUUCGAUGAUGUUUGGAUGGAGAGGAAUCAAAAAACGAAGCUGGAGAAGGAGGCACAGCCAGAGGGAGGGGUUCAGUUGCAACAUCUCCCAAAGGACACCUCAAAAGCUGGAAUAAGUCCAUCCAUCACAUCUCCUGUUGCCUUUGACAUCCUGCCACUGAAGCUGCAUCCCUUUUCCCAGAGCACUCCGACAGGGCUGGACUGCGUGGGCUGGAAACGGCGCAUCUCUGCUCCCGUGAUCACGGAUGGAGCGCUGGACAAGACAGCCCUGACAGACGAUGUGGGGAGCGAGGAGGAUCUGUAUGAGGAGUUCCGCAGCUCCAACCACCGCUACGGCCACCCCGGGGGCGGCGGCGAGCAGCUGGCCAUCAACGAGCUCAUCAGCGAUGGCAGCGUGGUGUACGCAGAGGCGCUCUGGGACCACGUCACCAUGGAUGACCAGGAGCUGGGAUUCAAGGCUGGCGAUGUCAUCGAAGUAAUGGAUGCCACCAACAAGGAGUGGUGGUGGGGAAGGAUCCUGGACAGUGAGGGCUGGUUUCCAGCCAGCUUUGUACGGCUGCGAGUAAACCAGGAUGAGCCCAUGGAAGAUUAUCCCCUGAAGGUGGAGGGGGGCAAAGAGGACGAUUCCCGACGCUUUGGGAUGGGCCAGACCACCAAAGACCAAAUGAGGACCAAUGUCAUCAAUGAGAUCAUAAGCACAGAGAGAGACUACAUCAAGCACCUGAAGGACAUUUGUGAGGGCUACAUUAAGCAGUGCCGCAAGAGAGCAGACAUGUUUACUGAAGAGCAGCUCAAGAUCAUCUUUGGGAAUAUUGAGGACAUCUACAGGUGCCAGAAGAAAUUUGUUAAAUCACUAGAGAAGAAAUUUAACAAAGACCACCCACAUUUGAGUGAGGUUGGCUCAUGCUUCUUGGAAUAUCAAACAGAGUUCCAGAUCUACUCUGAGUACUGCAACAACCACCCCAACGCGUGCAUGGAGCUGUCGCGCCUCACCAAGGUCAAUAAGUACGUUUACUUCUUCGAGGCCUGCCGGCUGCUGCAGAAGAUGAUUGACAUCUCCCUGGAUGGUUUCCUGCUCACCCCCGUGCAGAAAAUCUGCAAAUACCCCCUGCAGCUGGCAGAGCUGCUCAAGUACACCAACCCCCAGCACAGGGAUUUCAAGGAUGUGGAGGCUGCCCUGAACGCCAUGAAGAACGUGGCUCGGCUCAUCAACGAGAGGAAGCGGCGCCUGGAGAACAUCGACAAGAUCGCUCAGUGGCAGAGCUCCAUAGAGGACUGGGAGGGAGAAGAUGUCCUAGUCAGAAGCUCAGAACUCAUCUAUUCUGGGGAAUUAGCCAAAAUCUCCCACCCUCAAGCCAAGAGCCAACAGAGGAUGUUCUUCCUCUUUGAUCACCAGCUUGUCUGCUGCAAGAAGGACCUUCUGCGCAGGGACAUCUUGUACUACAAGAGUCGGAUCAACAUGGAUGACAUGGAAAUACUGGAUGUGGAAGAUGGGAAAGACAAGGACUUUAAUAUCAGUGUGAAAAAUGCAUUUAAGCUGUACUGCAGAGACACUGAGGAAGUUCAUUUAUUCUGUGCAAAAAAGCCUGAGCAGAAACAGCGCUGGCUGAAGGCGUUUGAGAAUGAAAGGAGGCAGGUGCAGCUUGACCAGGAGACAGGUUUUUCCAUCACAGAGGUGCAGAAAAAGCAGGCAAUGCUGAAUGCCAGCAAGCAGCACCAUGCUGGGAAGCCCAAGGCUGUCACCAGGCCCUACUACGACUUCCUGAUGCGGCAGAAGCACCCCACGCUGCCCAGCGCGCUGCCCCAGCAGCAGGUCUUCAUGCUGGCAGAGCCCAAGCGCAAGCCCUCGAACUUCUGGCAGAACAUCAGCAGGCUGACGCCCUUCCGGAAAUAGGGGCAGCCGUGUUUGUGCCUGAACCCCUUCUGAGAAAGCACUUUAUCCAGCAGUCCUGGCAGGCUCAUCCAGCCCUGUGUUUACAGAGGAUGGCACACGUGCUCCUGCCUUCCCUAUUUAUUUUGCAGCCUGGCUGAGCCGCUGGCUCCGAGGCGAGGCCCCGUGGGCGCUCGCACAGCCGCGGGCAGCGGUGCCACAGCCAGCCCUGCACUGCCCAGCAGGCACAGCUCCAGGAGCACACAGCAGGGAGCUGGACAGGCUGCAGCCCAGGGAGUUUGCUUGUCAGCUGUACUUGGACUCACUCUUUCCUGCUGUGCCCACCACUGCUGGCUGGCAGCUGUCACAGGGGAUGGCAGCUGAUGGACCCCGUGCUCAGAACAACAGUUCAGAGUCCAUGAUGAGGAGGGAUGAGCCCUUCUGCUCUGCCCAGCCCCAUGCCCUGCAUUUCUCAGAGCUAUGAUCCUACACGUGUCCAGCUAACUCAGCAGCCUCUGCAGGCACUCAGACAGGGCACAGUGAGCACUGCACUGUGACCUCCUCCCUCCCUCUAGUCCAACAGCACCGCUGAACGGUGUCCUACAUUAAACUGUGCCAACCUGCAGCAUGAGUCAAGUGGAAGAAUCUCUCUAGUGGGUUUGAGUUACAUAAGUUAGAGAAAAACGUGCCUAAUUAAUACCAUACUCAAUUCUUUAGAUUCUCGUCUCUCCAUCAUUCUGCCAUAUUUCCUGGCCAAUGAAAAUGCUCAUUGUUUGUAAUGUGUUUAUUUAUGGUAAAAAUCAGAACUGUGUAUUUUGUAAGUCUGUAAUUGUUCUUGUCAGAUGUUGUUAACUUGAUGCCUGUUUUGUCUGUUUAAUUUCUUUUUUUUUUUAAAGAAAGGUCAAUAUUUGCAAACCUAGCUCCCAGAAGUCAGAGUCUGCUGUUCAACUCUGCAACGUCAUUGUUAUGCAAACUCCCACAGUCCCUCAAAUUCAAGGAGUAUUACUGACACUUUUAAAAAUGGAAAACCACUUUAUAAAGGCCUAAACUUAGCAUAAAGAACCUCACUUUAAGUACCUAAGUUUCAAAUGAUGGCCAAAAAGAAUGAAUUUAAACCUUGGUUAGCAAAAAAGAAAGAUUUGCCUUACCAUAGUGAGAGUUAGAAGCCAUACUGACUGAAUUCCCUAGAUUAGGAGACAUCCUGUGACAGUGGAAGGAAGACACUGGCUCAUUCCAGCUCAAGUGUGAGUGAGCACUAACUGUCUGCAGAGCUCAGAGAUCCAGUGUUUGUUGAUGCUGUAGCUGACCAAAGUCUGGUCAUCCAGGGAUAUCUGAAUUCAGUAGCAUGUACAAAGUCCUUCUUGCACUAUAUCUUCCCCCCAGACCAACCAGGGGCAACAUUUAAUUUCAUAAAGAAACUUGUAAAAGUGA